GACGCAAUGACAGACGCACCCGAUAUCUCAUUCCCACGUCACAGUACAUGCUUCUCGCUGUGCUGAUCUAGCCAUCCGGACUUGAAGUAUCCUGGCCUAGCAUUUGCUGCGUGGGGAAAGGGAAUCUUGAGAAGCUGUACUCCAUACGGAGAAAUGUCUCAGGCUGAAGUUGACCCCCAUUUUGGCGCCGAGCUAAGGGAUGCCUUUAAGCCCGUCAAUGCCUGGGUCUCAAACGGUAUCAGCUGGCUGGAUGAGAUUCAACAGUUCUACCGAGAGCGCAGUGCCAUAGAGAAGGAAUACGCAUCGAAGCUGACGGCACUAUGUCGAAAAUACCACGACCGCAAGUCAAAGAAGUCAAGCAGCCUCAGCGUAGGGGAUACCCCUGCGAUGACACCCGGCUCGCUUGAAUCUGCUUCCUUGACAACGUGGACGACGCAGCUAUCUGCUAUCGAAGCCCAAGCAGCGGAACGCAACAAGUUUGGAGCGGAUCUUGAAUUUCGUAUCGCCGAACCCUUGAAACAAAUAGCUGUUAAGUACGAAGAGCUCCGCAAGAAUCACGGCGAAUGGUCUGGCAAACUGGAAAAAGAAAGGGACUCCUCUUAUAAUGAUUUAAAGAAGGUUAAAGGGAAAUAUGACGGAGUUUGUCAGGAAGUGGAAAAUCGGCGCAAGAAAAUGGAAUCCGCAUUCGACCAUGGAAAAGCAAAGGCACAAAAUGCCUAUCAGCAACAGCUUUUGGAGAUGAAUAACGUAAAGAACACCUACCUGAUUGCCAUUAAUGUCACAAACAAGCUUAAAGAAAGAUACUACUAUGAAUAUGUUCCUGAAUUACUUGACGGUCUACAAGACCUUAACGAGACUCGAGUGGCCAAGCUCAAUUCAAUCUGGACACUUGCCGCGCAAUUAGAAAAAUCAUUAAUAUCCAAAACUGACGAACAGAUUGCUCACGUCAUCUCUGAGAUCCCCCGAAACGACCCCAAACUUGAUUCUAUGAUGUUUAUCCGGCACAAUGUUGCGAACUGGCAGGAACCACAGGACAUGCAGUUCGAACCGAGCCCAGUCUGGCACGACGAUGCUACUAUGGUGAUAGACGAAGCUGCGAAGAUCUUCCUUCGGAAUCUCCUGACCAAAAGCAAAUCCCAGAUGAAAGAAAUGAAAGGAGAAGCCGAUAAGAAGCGAAGGGAAGUUGAAAACGCGAAGAGAGUUCGUCAAAGUAUCCGGGAUGGCAAGGACAAGCGGGAUGAGGUAGAGGUUGUCCGUGCUAUAUUCUCGAUGCAAGAAGACCUACACCAAUUUAACCGCAAACAAUUAACAGCUGAAGUAGAAACGUCAACUAUUACUUCAGUUGUAGGGGAUUUGUCGCUUGGAGCAAAGAAUCAUAACUUUAGGCCACAGACGUUCAAGAUCCCUACUAACUGCGACCUUUGUGGCGAACGAAUCUGGGGCCUUUCUGCAAAGGGAUUCGAUUGCCGAGAUUGCGGAUAUACAUGUCACAGCAAAUGUGAGAUGAAAGUUCCGGCAGAAUGCCCGGGAGAGCAAUCCAAGGAGGAGAAGAAGAAGUUAAAAGCAGAGCGGCAAGAGGCUGCCAAUGAGACUCGCCCGUAUAAAGCUGCAACGACAACAUCCAGUACGGCUGAAUUACCGGCAUUGAGCCGCCGGGAUACGAUGAAUUCACUGAGUUCAGGAUACGCAGCGAGCGCUACUAGGUCGACAUCGGCCUUGUCUAGUCAAACCACCGAUACUGGGCCUACAGAAUUACCUGCUACAGUGUCACCAGCCCAGAAGCCCACUGCAUUAAGGAAGCAUCGAAUCGUGGCUCCCCCACCGGAUCAAUAUGUAAGCGCACCACCGCCAAUUUCAAACGGUGGCACUGCUUCAAGACCCUCCGAGCCACGAGGGAAAAUGCUUUACCCUUAUCAAGCCAACGGAGAGGAUGAGAUAAGCGUUGACGAGGGACAGGAUGUUGUCAUUGUCGAGCCCGAUGACGGCUCAGGCUGGAUGCGUGUUCGCACCGGCUCUUCCACGGGUCUUAUCCCAGCAUCCUAUGUUGAGUCGACUGCAUCCCAGGAGCCGGAGGGUCGUCCUGAAUCCAUGUAUUCCGUAUCGAGCACAUCACUGGCAAAUAGCCUCGCACAUAAGCGCCGUGGUCCUGCUGUUGCUCCCAAGCGUGGUGCUAAAAAAUUGCAGUACGUAGUCGCACUGUAUGACUACGAAGCACGUACGGAGGCAGAAUGGAGCAUGACUGAGGGCGAUAAGUUUGUGCUUAUCAACCGCGACAGUGGGAAUGGAUGGGCGGACGUUGAGAAAGGCGGAGUGACGAAGUGUGUCCCGGCGAAUUAUAUUGAGGAUGCCUCAUAGAAAUCUUUCGAUUACUUUUUCUUUUUUUGAGAGCGUUGUUUUCAUAUUGCUCGGCGGGUUCGUUCUCAGGCUGCGGAUAAAAUGCCCUUUUGCUGUUUUCUCCGGCAAGAGCUUCACUAUUGUUGUACUGGUUUGGGAUUUUCUACAUGCAUAUACAUCCUUAUUCCCCCGGCUGGUGUUUAGACGUGUGUGGAUACAUUGGUAGUGGCGUGUUAGCUUGCCUUUUUGAAAUUGCUUUGGAUAUGCCUGUAGACAAUCAUAGCCAGUCAAUUGCUGGUUUUCACUAUAUCGCA